GUGAAACUCCACCUGUACGACCUCUCCCAAGGCAUGGCGGCGAUGAUGUCCGCGCCGCUGCUCGGGAAACAGAUCGACGGCAUAUGGCACACCGGCGUCGUCGUCUUCGGACGAGAGUACUACUUCGGCGGAGGCAUCCAGUGCGGCGCACCCGGAGGGACGCACUUUGGGCGCCCGCUGCGAACGAUCGACCUCGGGGAGACGCACAUCCCCGAGGACUUGUUCGAAACGUUCUUAAUAGAGCUCUCCCCGCGGUUCACGGCGCAGACGUACAACCUGCUGCGGUGGAACUGCAACAACUUCAGCGACGAGAUCGCGCACUUUCUCGUCGGCGUCGGGAUCCCGCGGCACAUCGUCGACCUCCCGAACGAGGUCAUGUCCACGCCGUUGGGGCAGCAGCUGAUGCCGAUGCUGACGAUGAUGGAGAAUCAGAUGCGG